GAGUGGCUCAGGGAUAAAUGCGCAGCCUGAGAGGGGGUGAGCUGACACUGUCCCAGCUGCCACCUAGACUCGGAGCUCCAUCCAAACCACCAGCGAAGACAUCCCAGCCAUGGCCAUGCAGAAAAUCUUUGCCCGGGAAAUCUUGGACUCCAGGGGCAACCCCACAGUGGAGGUGGACCUGCACACAGCCAAGGGCCGAUUCCGAGCAGCUGUGCCCAGUGGGGCUUCCACGGGUAUCUAUGAAGCUCUGGAACUAAGAGAUGGGGACAAAGGCCGCUACCUGGGGAAAGGAGUCCUGAAGGCUGUGGAGCACAUCAACCAGACUCUGGGCCCUGCUCUGCUGCAAAAGAAACUAAGUGUUGUGGAUCAAGAAAAGGUUGACAAAUUUAUGAUUGAGCUGGAUGGGACCGAGAAUAAGUCCAAGUUUGGGGCCAAUGCCAUCCUGGGCGUGUCCUUGGCCGUGUGUAAGGCGGGAGCAGCUGAGAAGGGGGUCCCCCUGUACCGCCACAUCGCAGAUCUCGCUGGGAACCCUGACCUCAUACUCCCAGUGCCAGCCUUCAAUGUGAUCAACGGGGGCUCCCAUGCUGGAAACAAGCUGGCCAUGCAGGAGUUCAUGAUUCUGCCUGUGGGCGCCAGCUCCUUCAAGGAAGCCAUGCGCAUUGGUGCUGAGGUCUACCACCACCUCAAGGGGGUCAUCAAAGCCAAGUAUGGGAAGGAUGCCACCAAUGUGGGUGAUGAAGGUGGCUUCGCACCCAACAUCCUGGAGAACAAUGAGGCCCUGGAGCUGCUGAAGACGGCCAUCCAGGCGGCUGGUUACCCAGACAAGGUGGUGAUCGGCAUGGAUGUGGCAGCAUCUGAGUUCUAUCGCAAUGGGAAAUACGAUCUUGACUUCAAGUCGCCCGAUGAUCCCGCACGGCACAUCACUGGGGAGAAGCUCGGAGAGCUGUAUAAGAGCUUUAUCAAGAACUAUCCUGUGGUCUCCAUCGAGGACCCCUUUGACCAAGAUGACUGGGCCACUUGGACCUCCUUCCUCUCGGGGGUGAACAUCCAGAUUGUGGGGGAUGACUUGACAGUCACCAACCCCAAGAGGAUUGCCCAGGCCGUUGAGAAGAAGGCCUGCAACUGUCUGUUGCUGAAGGUCAACCAGAUCGGCUCGGUGACCGAAUCGAUCCAGGCGUGCAAACUGGCUCAGUCUAAUGGCUGGGGGGUGAUGGUGAGCCACCGCUCUGGGGAGACUGAGGACACAUUCAUUGCUGACCUUGUGGUGGGGCUCUGCACAGGACAGAUCAAGACUGGCGCCCCCUGCCGCUCGGAGCGUCUGGCCAAAUACAACCAACUCAUGAGGAUCGAGGAAGCUCUUGGGGACAAGGCAAUCUUUGCUGGACGCAAGUUCCGUAACCCGAAGGCCAAGUGAGAAGCUGGAGGCUCCAGGACUCCACUGGACAGACCCAGGUCUUCCAGACCUGCUUCCUGAAAUAAACACUGGUGCCAACCAA